GUUUAGUGUGUGUGUGUGUGUGUGUGUGUGUGUGUGUGUGUGUGUGUGUGAUCCAAAGUCAGAGGGAUAAAGUGACACAGUGAGUGUGUGCUGGUUCAGACUGAAGCCUGAAGACUAGGAUGCGGUGCUUCGUGCUUCUCCUCUGUGUUGGGCUGUUGCUGGAUUUCUCUGCAGGUUUACCUGAGAUCAGUGACCUUUGGCAGACGAUACUCACAAAAGCAAAACAUGAGCUGGCGUCACUUAAGAGAAGCCUGGAGCGACUGUUUUCCCCAGUCCCGACUAGACCCACCUACGGAGACAACGUCCACCUAGGGUGGGUCAGAUGGCCUGGCAGCUUGCCCAGGUGGGCCGUGAGCGUGUUCAAUCGCCUUGGGAACCGCACGGACUACAUUUGCUCGCCAGCGCACCGCACUGAAUAUGUGGUCGGCUACUACAACCCCACCCUCGGCCCCCACUGCUUCACCCCCUCCGACAAGUUAGACUGGAGCAUCGGAAAAGAGUUUGACCUGCUGGUGAACGACCACAACCUGGAGCUGCUGGAGUGGGUCUCCGUUGAGUAUUUUGGAUAUGGAGAAGCCCCGUCCAAUGCUGUGAUCGUGAGCCACAGCUCAAAAGCCGACGGUUACAUCUUCCGCGGUGAAGAGGGCGUGGUUUCCUACCUGCUAUUUCCGCCCAGGAAAACGACGAGGCGUGUCAGGCUGCGCCGAGAGGAAUAUCGAGGGGACAUUCUCACUGUGAAUCCGGGCAAAUACAGGGAGCGUCUCUCGGACGUCGAGUACGACAUGCAGCAGAUGCAGAUCCUUUCAGUCGAGACUCUGAGGAUCUCCAAAACAAUCGUCGCCAAUGACGACUACUCUCCUCCGGACCGCCAGGUGGCGCUGACGGGGCAGACAGAACUCCAUGGGACCUGGGAGACUAUCUCCUCUAAACGACUCGUCAUCUCCACCUCCCUUACGGCCCAAAUACCCGCCAUCCCCUCAGGCAUCACUCCCACCAACAGCACGCCCAGAGGCAUUCUGGGUAACUCUGUGAGUGAGGUGGUCAAUCACACUCUGUCUGGGACUGUUUUCGUCCCCCCCCAGCUCUCGUGUGAGGUGUGGAUGACUGGGACGCUGCACUCGGUAACCAUCCCCUUCAACGCCUCCCUGCAGAAGACCUAUGAGUGCGGAGCUGUGCACACAGCAACGGUGCCGGGCAUCUACAGUGGCACUGAGGUCGUCGGCAUUGAGCUGGUGAUCGACUCCUGUCAGCCUAUGUAAUAUGCCAGUCUGUUAGAGCUUUGUGUGUGUGUGUGUGUGUGUGUGUGUGUGUGUGUGUGUGUGCCUGUGUGUGUGUGCCUGUGUGUGUGUGUCUGUGUGUGUCUGUGUGUGUGUGGUGUAUGUCCGGGUAUGACUUUCAUGAACACCACCAAAUUCAGUUAAUUUUGGAACAAAGUGACUGAAUGUAUAAAGACAUUAAUCUCUAUAUCAAUAAUUAAUUUUAAUUAUAUUUGAUUACAGACAUUAUUUGUAUGACCAUGACGGUUUAAGAUUUGUUUAAGAAACGAGACUCGAUAAACACAAUGUUAAUAGUAACAGUACUUCAGUUAACAGUAAUAGCAAUAACUGAAAUAAUUGUGUUUCCUUUUUUUGUGUAACUGACCAAAAAUAAAACAUUGUAUAAGAGCUG